GCGCCGCCACGACAGUUCCGGCUGCGAAAAAGGUCGGGGCGAUCAAGCCGCUCGCGCGGCCUGGAGCGGCCCGGGACGCAGCAGGUUGUCGUGGCCCAGAGCCCGCGGAGAGGCUGCGCGUCUCGGGCCCGCUCUCCCCACCCGCCGGGGCGCCUCAGCGGCCGCCGGACUACAACUCCCAGAGUGCUCUGCGGCCAGGACGCCUUCGACAUGGCGGCGCCUAACCGCGACGCGAGCGACAGCGACAGCGAGGAAGAGGCGGCGGCCUGGGAGCGCCUGCGGGAGGCGGCCUGGGAUCCAGCGCUCGGGCGAGCGGCCGCCCUGGCUCCAGGCGAUAACUCUUGGACAAGGAACCAGCAAGCAGCUGAGUCCAGCAUCAGAGAGAGGAUCUGCAACCGUGGACAGGAUGGGAAUGAACUGCAGACCACACCAGAAUUUCAAGCACAUGUUGCAAAGAAACUGGACACCAUCUUGGACAACUUGAUAACCACCUCGACGUGCCCGUCACUACCCGCAUGGCGCGCGAAUGGGGGCUCCCUGGAAGAGGACGACGGCUUUCGCCUCUUUUCCUCUUCUGUUCCGGGGGACCGCAGGGAGCCAGAAACCACCCCUCGGAAAAGGCUGGUGUUGCGGCUGUCCAGCUCCAGUGACCUGGAAAGUGACCCAGAAUGGCAGAGAUGCCAAGAAGCCGCAGUGACGGCCGCAGACAUCCUGAAGCAAAGCGGCCUGCCACCCCCGGCGGUCCAGGACUCCGGCCAGGGCCAGAGUUGCCAGACAACCAAGGCCAGAUGGAAGGAAGUCAAGAGGAAGAAGAAGAAAGGGAGGAGAGAGGUUGGCCAGCAAGGGGCCAUUGAAGCAGCGGGUCAGAGCCAGACCGUCCUUGGGCCUGAGGGCCCCUCUUGUCCUGGCAGGGCCCACAAGAGCACAGAGGCUGCCAGUCGGACAGGCUCGGUGCAGAGGAGGAAGAAGAAGAAAUGGAGGAAAACAGAAGCAGGGACAGAAUGAUUAUUUGCCAGUGAGAGUUACGUCUGGGGGGAGGCAGCUCCUGAGCUUGGCCUGAGAAGCCAGAGGCUGGGUUCAGCUGUCUAUCCUGGGAGGGGCCGGCCUGUGGAAAUGGAGGGGCUCUCUCGGCGAUGGGAAACAGCAGCUCCAGCUGCAGACAUCACUUUCAGGGCAGUUUGUGGGGGUGUCCUGGCUGCUUGGGCCGUAGUUGGAAAUCCCGGAGGAAGGGUGGGCUGGCAUCCCUUGCACCCCAUCACAAUGGACCCCCAUGGCUGUCACUUUCUCAGACAAGCCCCAGGGGCUCUGGGAGCUGCAGGACACGGCGGGGGUGUGGCUGGUGUGGCAUGGACGACCCCCUUCACAGGUUGCCUGGGGGGGAGCAGCAGCAGCAGCUUCCCUGCUUCUCACCUUGCCCAUCUGAAGAACGGUGUGACUCUGCUUUUACACGUCCCCCCUCCACGUGUACGGUCCUGGUUUCUGUGAGAUGCUUAUUUUAUGAACAGCCAAUACACAUAACAGUAUUGUAGAUACAAUAUCUCCCCCGUUUGAUUGACCAAAAAUUAAAUAUAUUUACAAGACAGAGCUGAAGAGGCACUUAAUUCCGGAGGUCAAAUCUCCAGAGCACUCCGGGGCCUAAGAGCAGCCCCUGGAGCUUGAAAUACCCAAAUGGAAUACCUUGGCUACCGAUUUAUGACAUUCAAAAGCCUGGUAAAAAAUUAUUUGAGCCUAAAAUAAGCAAGGACAUCAGUGUUACGGGUAGACUAACUGUUCUUAUGCCUAGUUAAGUUCUAAUUUUCCUUUUCACUCAGUCUUGACCAGCAUGUUUCCCUCUGUGGUUCUCUUAGCAACAGAAAGAUCUUGGCUUUCUCUGUUUGGUUUGGAGAAACUGAUCCCCAGCGGGGCCGAGAGUGAAGGUAGCAGAUCCCCAAACGUUCACUGUGGAGGAAAUUUGAAUGUUGUAGUUUGAGAAGUGGCGUAAUGGGCUAUGUCUGGGUUGCUGCUUUUGACGGCAGACAUAAUGGAGCCUUUGCACCGGCCUCUGGCCACUGCUCAGGUGUCUCCAAGGUCUGUUUUCAAGAUGAGCAAUCUGUAGAAAAAGGCACAGAGAGCAGCUAAUGCUUUGCGCUUCAGAAAUAAACUUUCUGGGAAAAGAA